AUGGCGGGGGCGGGGGCGGUGGAGGGGGCACCGGUUGGAAACUUACGACGGAUGCCCCAGUCCAUGACGGCGGAGUUUGGCGCGGGCGGCGCGCCGCUCGGCGUCUGCCAGCCGACUGCCGCCCUCCGGUCGCUUCACUCCCGCGUGUGCCGCGCCUGGACUCCCUCCAACACCACUCGACGCCUGAGGGCCGCGGCACACCGGGCGGGGAGCGUCCCCACCGAAGACUUCGCGGCGAACAUUUCAGAGCCAAGGGCCGUUCGCGUUCGCGUAUUUGGAUAUUUAACGAACUUCCGCCUCGUG